AUGACUUCCAGGCAGCCACCAGUAACACGGCCGCAAUUGAGAACAAGGAUCAGUGACAAUAGAGUAACCUCGAUAGGGAAGGCUACAGAUCGUGAACGUAUCCGUAACAACCAGCGACGUUGUCGCGCACGACAAAAAGAGUAUAUCGCAACUCUCGAAGACAGAAUCCGUGAGCUCGAAAGUGAUCAUGGUGAAAGCAGAGCCAAUAAGAAGCUCGAGGAGCUCACUGCCGAAAACAAGUCGUUGAAACAACUUUUACAGUCACUAGGGCUGCGUGACGAAUUUCUGGAAGCAUACAAAACUGCAGUCAAAAUUGCCCCCAAUAUCUCGUUGCCGCCGCUCGAUGACGCGCGUUGUAAUCGAGCGAGCCAAUGUUUGUCUAGCUCUACUGCGCUGGAAUCAUCGCAGCUACUACAAGUGGCAACCAGUGAAAACCAGGCUGAACAAACAAUUGAACCGUUUCUAGACGUUUCGGUCUCGGAACAGGAGUCUCUAGGCUUCAGCCAGAUGGAUGCGCCUCUGUCAUGGGAACUUCUUGACUUUCCUACCGCUUCAACUUCUGCUUUGGAGUUGGUUGAGCCGGACAUCAACACGGAGAGACUCGGUCAGCUAACUAUGGAUACUUUGGUGACGGAAGCACCUAGCAACGCAAUCACCGUAGAGCAUAUAUCGGACACGACCACGCUUUGUUCAUGGGCUUUAUCGCUUGUUCUUAGGAGUAACAUGAAAGGCUACAGCACUGCAGACUUGGAACUCAUGCUUCGCGUAGGAUACAGAUACGGUGCCACACCAACUGAAGAUUGUCGUAUUAAUAACAAGGUCUUGCUAGGUGUUCUUGCGAAUAUCAUCUAG